UUAUUUUUAAGAGCCCAUACCCACACAGAGAUCAUUUAAUGUCAUAUUUAAGUUUUUUUUUUUCAAAGCAAGCCAAAACAUGAAGUGACUCGACAUUUGUAUGCAUGUGAAUGUUUGUUUGUGAAACAGCAGGAUGUUUGUGUUGUAAGAGCUCUCAAACUUACAUUUCCAGUGAUAUUUCAGCAUGGCUUUUAUAGGAGUAUCAGCAGCGCGUGCGCAGAGCAGGAGCUGUGGGAGGUUUGGUUUUGGUUGUUAUGGAGCAUUAAAUAAACUGCAUUGAAUAAACUGAACGUGUAGCGCCGCCUGUUGGUGAAUUGAUCCACAAGACACGUGAAAGGAAUUGUUUACAUCGCCAUGACAACCGCCAGUGUUUGUGGUCUCCGUGGAGACCGCUAUAAAUAAACCUCCUCAGGGAAGCACAGCAGUCUCGUGAGAGAACAACGUAACUUAUUUUAUUUUCAUAAACCUUUAAAUUAUUUAGAUUCUAGAUUAGGGUAAUAAACCGUAAUGUCUAUAAAUACAGGACACGGGCUUCCUUUCCUGCCAGGAAACUCAUUUCGGGAUUUAACGAAAUCCGCUUUCCACAGAGCUCAGACUCUGGAUUUUAAGAACGGUUAUGCUCUGCCCCGGCGGCCCGCGGUCGGUACCGGACAAGAUCCGCUGCUGUCGGUGAACAUCAGUCACAGCGAGAGCAACCAGCUGAUCAGAGACAUCCCGAACCUGACCUACGGGACCGACACACACCGACCCCCGCCGCUAGACUUCAUCCCGGCACACGCUGCUUACGACAAGAAGGUGCUGCGUUUCUACGGUUACUUCUGGCAGGAAGUGUUGCACUCCCCAGCUGAGCACUUCCGCAUUCGUCCGGUGGUGAUCUAUUAUCACCUGGAGGACGACAGCAUGUGUGUGACCGAGCCACCGGUGGAAAACUCUGGAAUUCCUCAGGGAAAGCUGAUCAAACGUCAGAGGCUGACCAAAAACCAGCAUGGAGGUCUGUACCACUGGAAAGACCUCAACGUCGGGAUGGACAUGAGUUUGUUUGGAACGGUCUUCAGGAUAACACACUGUGAUCCCUUCACACAGGACUUCAUGGAGAGUCAGGGAAUAGUGUUAAACGAGGCGGAGUCCAUUCCCAGUGAUCCGUACACCAUCCAUCGCGCUCAAGCACAACAAACCCACAUUAUACCCUACGAGCACAACCAUCAGCUGGAGCGCUUCCUCGCCCUGGAUCGACAGGUGCUGCGUUACUAUGCGCUCUGGGACGACACGGACUCUCUCUAUGGGGAGAAACGGCCCGUAACGCUGCAUUACUAUCUGGUGGAUGAUUCUGUUGACAUCUGUGAACAUCACGAGGCCAACAGCGGCCGGGACCCGUUCCCAGUGCUGCUCAGCAGACAGAAGAUUCCCAAACACAUCAAAUCAACCUGCGAGCCGUUCCCCACCUGUGUUCUGGAAGUUUAUCCACAAGACGUGAAAGAGUACUUCUCUCCUGAAGACUUCAGGGUUGGUGAGGAGGUCACGCUGAUGGGGAGGCGCUUCCUGCUGUAUGACUGUGACGACUUCACCAGGAAAUAUUAUGAACAGAAUCACCCCGACAUCUUGCUCAAACCACUUACUGUAGACACCAGAACACAGCAAGACAUCAAGAGGGUGAUUCCUCCGUAUAACGGCUUCGGUUCGCUGGAGGACUCGUUACAGAACUGCCUGUCCCUGAUUCCUGAACCGCCCAAGAAAGACGUGAUCAAACUGCUGGAGAACGACAACAAAGUCCUGCGUUACGUCGCACGGCUGGAUUCCCAGAAUCCCCUGGAUGAGGGCCGACGCUUCAUUCUGUCUUACUACCUGUCAGAUGACAUGAUCAGUGUCUUUGAGAGAUCAACACGUAAUUCCGGCAUCAUCGGAGGAAAAUUCCUAGAGAAGACUCGUGUCCCAAAACCAGGAAGCUCCGUGGAAAACCCCGAAUACUACACACCUGCAGACUUCUCCAUUGGAGUGACUGUGGAGGUGUUCGCUCAUCGGUUUGUCCUGAUGGAUGCUGACCGUUAUGUGUUGAGGUACCUGGAGUCACUGUACAAUCACAUCCCUGAACACACUCUCUCUUCCCUGAGACAGAAGUUUGGGGUCAGUCAAACCUCAGCCCUGGAGGAACAACAUGAAGGUGAGACUGAUGACCCAUCAUCACAAGAUACCAAAAGAUCAUUCAAUUAUCAAUGAAGUCCUUUUUUUUUUUCAUGUUUGUGCUUUUUGAUGUUGAGAUUUUCAAAGUAUUGUGAUAUUAAUGUGCAAUAAAG